AUGGAUUACUCUUCGAAGUUGACAAAAGAUGGGGGAGAACUACUGCCCUCCAAUACUAAGUAUCGAAAGCUCAUUGGCCGAUUACUCUAUUUAGCUAAUACUCAACCCGAAAUCAGCUUUGCUAUUGGCAAAUUAAGUCAGUUUCUUGAAGCACCAACCGAUGUGCACUUCAAGGCAGCAAUCCGAAUUCUCAAAUACAUCAAAGGAGCCCCAGCUAAUGGUCUAUUUUUUCCUACAAGCGUAGAUAUCACAAUCAUAGGAUUCUUAGAUUCAGAUUGGGCAGCUUGCCCAGACACUAGAAGAUCCACUACUGCUUAUUGUUUCUAUGUUAGAAGUUCCAUUGUAUCGUGGAAAAGUAAAAAGCAGACAACUGUAGUUGCCUCUUCUGCAGAAGCUGAGUAUCGGGCACUUGCAUCAGCUACUAGAAAAGCCAUAUGGAUAAAGAAGACCUGUUAG